GGUCUGUCUUCGUUUUCUUGGCGUUGGUGGGAGCUGUUAGAACUGUUAACGGCAUAGAGCUUAACACUAGGUAUGCCAGAUCAGGCUUCAAGAAGUAUUGCUGUUUCUAAGAAAGGAUUUAAGAAAGCCAUAACAAAGACUCAAAGGAAAGAAGAAAGAAAGUACAAGAGAUGCAGGAAAGAGAGUUAUUCGAUUUAUAUCUACAAAGUGUUGAAGCAAGUACACCCGGACACCGGUAUCUCAUCGAAAGCCAUGAGUAUUAUGAAUUCCUUCGUUGCUGAUGUUUUCGAGCGUAUUGCAAACGAGGCCUCCCGCUUGGCUCACUACAAUAAGCGAUCGACUAUUACGUCCAGGGAGAUUCAAACGGCCGUGCGCCUGUUGCUGCCAGGAGAGCUGGCUAAGCACGCUGUGUCCGAGGGCACGAAGGCUGUAGCAAAGUACACUACCUCCCUGUAAACUUGCAAAGUGUAAGCAGGCUCCAGUUACAACCCAAAGGCUCUUUUCAGAGCCAGUCAUGUUUCUGAAAGAGCUGUGGACUCAACGUAAGUAGGAUACUUACGUUAUAAACUUUACUACUUAGCUGCCGUUUGUAAUUUAGUGACUGCCUUUCUACUGUAUAGAAGCCCCCAUGAGGCUCCAACGGUCUUCAGAAAUCAACUGCAGCAAAAGAAAUUCUUCAGAAUGCUUUUUACAGGAAAGUUUAUGGUUAAUACAUAUAGAAAGUGUUCUUAGAGUGAAGGAGCUGUAAA